UAACGUCCGUUUUCCAUGCUAGCAUGGGUUGGACGGGGUAUAUUAAUGACCCUCUUCCAAUCUGAUCUAGACUGUGUUAGAUCUAAACUCAACUUCCUCUGUAUCAAGUCUGUCCUUAUAACCUCCUGUCAAGUCUUUCUCGGUCUGCCUCUGGGCUUUGCCCCAGGAACUAUCAAGUCUCUACACUUUCUUACCCAAUUAUCCUCCUCCAUUCUUUCCAAGUGCCCCAGCCAGUUCAAUCUUCUUAUCUGGAUAACAUCUUUAAUUCUACGGAGACUUAGCCUGCUUCUUAGCUCAUCUGAACUCUUUCUGUCUCUCAGACUGGCGUUACACAUCCACCUAACCAUUCUCAUAUCAUUCCUUUCUAAACGGUCAAGAUCUUCCUGCUUCACUGCCCAUGUCUCACUACCGUACAACAUAACACUUCUUACACAGGCCUCAUACAACCUACCUUUUACCUCAAUUGACAGGACCCUGCUAGUCAACAAAGGAAGUAACUCUCUGAACUUUUUCCAAGCUUUUUACGCAACACUUCAAUCAAGAAGGAGGCUCACCGCUGUUCCUCCAAAAAACUUUUCCAACAGGAGGUUUAAGUCGGCCCAAUUUACUAGCAUGUCUGCCUACAAGGAAAAACAAGUUCAGGAGGAGGAAGCUCAAGUUCAUCGCAUCCGUAUUACUUUGACAAGCCGAAAUGUAAAAAGCUUGGAAAAAGUAUGUGGGGAACUUAUCCGUGGUGCAAAGGAUAAGAAAUUGAUGGUAAAAGGUCCAGUUCGUUUACCAACAAAAACCUUACGCAUCACAUCCCGAAAAACACCUUGUGGUGAAGGUUCUAAGACAUGGUCCCGAUACGAAAUGAGGAUCCAUAAGCGUUUAAUUGAUCUGCACAGUCCAGCUGAAGUUGUAAAACAAAUUACUUCUGUCAGUAUUGAGCCUGGUGUGGAAGUUGAAGUAACAAUUGCUGAUGCUUAAACACAAUAAAGAACAUUAGCAAAAAAAUUGUUUUCGUCUGACUAUGAUUAUUUUUAACUUUCGAAAAAGUGGAUUACUGUCACGCCUGUGACGUGACGCCAAUUACCAAGUGUCAGUAUGAAUAGGGAGGGAAAGCUAGUUGCUGCGUAUAUAGAACACAAGCCUCUAUUAUGCGGAAAAAUAACAGUUUUGCACUCAAA